UAUGUUAAAAGGGUCUCCUCUAAUGGAAGACCUAUAGAUAUAUAUAGAAUCUGUGCAUAUUCUUAUAAUUUAGAUACAGAGUCCUGAAAAAUCAGGACUCCGGUCGCUAGCUACGGUGGUUUUAGUGGUGGUGGUGGUGGUGGUGAUAUAUGGCGAAGGGUCGGAAACUAACAACUAGUCGCAGCGAUCGUCUGUUGGGCCGAUACAACUACGGUCAGGCCCAAGGAAUGGUGACCGAGUCAUCGGAGCUCGGUGAAGAGGACGUGUGGUCGAUGGUCGAUGACAUGGUCAACGGCGGCGAAAAUCACUCAAUGGGCAGUUCCGGAGGCGCGUGGAGCCCACGCGCCGCCGCGGAGAGUAACGGGUCCAUGAACUACCUAACCCGCCGGCACGUCGUUCCCCGUGAGGAGAGCCAACAUGUGGGCGGGCUGUCACUGGCCUUUGAGGAUUCCGGAAAAACGGCGUCGUCUAGGAUCCUGCACCAAUUCCGUACCCAGGACAGCAUGGCGAGCCCACAUGGUGGACGACAUAUGGCCACGUCAGCCCCAGUGAACGUGCCUGAUUGGUCAAAGAUUUACCGAGUUGACUCGGUCGAGUCGCUGCAUGACUCGGAUGACGGCGUGGAAGAUCGGGACUCGGAGAUGGUUCCGCCACACGAGUUCUUGGCGCGUGAGUACCGGAGGAUGGCGGCGAAGUCGGUUUUCGAAGGUGUGGGCCGGACGCUAAAAGGCCGGGACUUGAGCCGGGUUCGGGAUGCCGUGUGGAGCCAAACCGGAUUUAAUGGCUAAAACCAUUAUUGUUAUUAAUGCAUCUUUUAAGAAGUGAUUUAAAGUUAGUUGGUUGGUGGUUUUAUUGCUAAAUUGUUUUGGGUGGGCAAUGACUCGACCGAGUGAACUCAGAGAGAACGAAUCAACUCGGCAACGACUGAGCCCAACGAGAGGUGUCUCCGUUCUCUUCAUCUACUCUGUCUUUAGUAGUUUUUGUGGUGUCCUGAGUUGGAAUUUCGAAAAUUGUGAUGAGUCCUUGUCAGUGGUAAGUCGGUCAUUUCAGUACUAUAAUGUUGUUCCAACAUAGUAUUAUAGUGUGCCAGUGCCAAUGAAAUUUUGAGCUAGUAGUGUGGUGUCUCUUGGUAUACCAAACUUGCUAAUUAUUGGGGGUAGCACUAGCAUCUCCGUCCAUUGGUUAGAAAGAAAGCUACAAAUUUUAUUUAA